CUUGUUUUCUGCCGUGCAGGCCCUGACCAUCUACCAGCGCUCGCUCACCACCAUGCAGAUUCAGAUCCAGGGCCUGUUGCAGUUUGCGGUGCCUCUCUUCCCCACGGCCAGGAAAGACCUGCUCGGAAUCCAGCAGCUGCUGAACUCGUCGGAGACCAGCCUGCACCAGCUGACGGCCAUGCUGGACUGCCGGGGCCUGCACAAGGAUUACCUGGACGGGCUGAUGGGCAUCUGCUACGACGGGGUGGAAGGCUUGCUCUACCUGGCCUUGUUCUCUCUGCUGGCGGCCAUGUCCUUCUCCACUCUCAUCUGCGCCACGCCGCGGGCCUGGAAGCACUUGCGCCGUUGGGACCGGGAUUACGACGACAUCGACGAGGAAGACCCCUUCAACCCGCAGGCCCGCCGCAUCGCCACCCACAACCCCACCCGCGGGCAGCUCCGCAGCUUCUGCAGCUACAGCAGCAGCCUGGGCAGCCAGGCCAGCCUGCACCCGCCGGCACAGACCGUCUCCAAUGCCCCGGUGUCUGAGUACAUGAACCAGGCUGCGCUCUUUGGUGGAAACCCGCGCUAUGAAAACGUCCCGUUGAUUGGAAGAGGCUCUCCUCCCCCUACGUAUUCUCCCAGCAUGCGAGCCACGUAUCUUUCUGUCAACGAUGAGCAUAUAAGACAUUACGGCAAUGAAUUUCCAGCCUAAUGCGUGCUCUCCCUGAGCAACUUACAAGCAAUGAAAACACAAACAGCGUUUCUGCCACAGAAACCAAAGGCAACUGGAAAGCGCAUGAAACAAUAAGGCCUCUUGCUGAAGAAGAGAAGGGAUGGGAGCUGACAGGAGAGAUCUGGAGAUGGUUCUGGCUGAAGGACAAAUUGCAGGUCAAAAGCGGAUGGUUGCUGGAAGCCCGGACCAUGUGCUCUGCAGAUCCCUCCUGUAUUAUCUGGCAGCUUUUAUUCAUAGUCUUCCUCUCUGACGGGCACACGGGAUGAUGCUCACAGCCACCAUCCUCUGAAUUAACUCCCCUUAUGCCCUUUGCUUGAAACAUGGUUUCCCUCUCAGCACACCCCCAGCAUGGGGCAGGGAUUCCAGCUGGCUUGUGAUACAACAGGCUAGGUUCUGCCACCUCUCUGCCUCCCCAGGCUGAAUGCCACUCGCUGCCAUUUCUAGCAUGACAGCCAAUGCCAAUUUGAAGACUGAAACAGCUUUGUGCGCAUGGGGUGGGUUCCUCUUUGCUUCCUGUCUGCACCAAAUUGGGGUUAUUUCACGUCACUGGAGAGUCUUGGUGGCCUUCCUUUUCUAACUAGUUAGCUAUGAAUAGCAAGACCAGUACACUGUCCAUCCACAGAACACGGGGACAUCCACCGUUCGGUGUGGUCACCACCACCUUGCGAAGUGGAGAGAUGCUCCUCACUCCUGCAUCAAAGCAAUAAGAGCCACUAGUGAUGCCAGCACCCUUUGGAGGGUGCCAGCGGGUGGGCUUUGCCCCCUGCCAUCCUGUGAUGGCAAUCUCCCCACACUCUCUAUAGCACCUGUUUGGAAUGUACAGCACCAGACCUACACGCUUCCCCUCACCUCUCAUGCAGUCCCUUUACUUCUGGAAUAAGCCAGGGCGGUCUUGGGUAUUAAGAGACGUCAGAAUACGUAGAAUAAUAUUUACCCUUAUAUUAUUUUUUGCCUUUAUCUUUUUUCCACCAGUGGUUUUAUCGACUAUCCAAAGAACACACCCACACAGAGCACACUUUUUUGCCUUUUUUUAGAAGGUGGUUUUUUAUCU